AUGUCGUCCACAAUUGGAGAGACCAUCGGCCAGCCCGUAGUCCCGGAUAAGAUACCCACCGGAGAGUAUCCUCUCAUCGACAAUGACCCACACUUUUCCCGCGUCAUAAGAUACACCCGCCCGUCCGACUGGCUCGCCGGUGCCGCCGUCGGCGCCCUCUCACCCGGCCUCAUGCUCUAUUGGGAGCGUGUCUCUCCCUCGUUCGUAGGCAAAGGCGGCUUCGCUCCCGUCAUGCGCAUGUCGUGCGCGGUCGGUCUCACGGGCGCCUUCCUCUUCGCUUACACCCGCACAACCUCCCGUUUCUACGGCUCCCGCGAGAACCGCCGCGAGGUCGACCUGGAUAUGCGCGAGAUGGUGGACAAGGUCAAGAAGGGCGAGCCGCUGUACGGAAAGAGCGAGCUCACCGAAUACAUGCAAGGCGUCGCGCACCGGAACUCGCGGUACACGGGUGUCUUCAGCCAUGUUAUUCCGUGGCCUAACUUUGUGAACCACCCAUACCACGGCGUGGAUACGGCGAAGUACUACCGACAGGCGGAGAUGGAGCUGGAGCAGGAGAAGCAGAGGUCGUAG